AUGGCUAUCACAAAAAAAGAUAUGCACAAUGUAGUCCUCAAGUAUAAGAGAUUGAAGUUAAAAGACGGUGAAGCAGAGGCUAUGCUAGAUUAUUUUACCAAAAUGACUGAAGAUAACCAGAAUUUUUUUCACAUGCAUAGGCUAGAUACAGAUGGGUCUCUGAAGGACAUAUUGUGGAUUGAUGCUAGGAGUAGAGCUUCUUGGGAGGAGUUUGGGGAUGUAGUAUGUUUUGAUGCAACAUACUUGACAAAUGAGUAUGAACUACCUUUUGCCAAUUUCGUUGGUAAAAGUCCAAUCGGCAUCCUAACCGAUCAAGCAGCUGCAAUGCGGAAAGCUUUAUCCAUUGAAAUGCCUGAAGCGCGACAUCGGUGGUGUUUGUGGCAUAUCACCUACAAAUUUGCAAAGAAACUAGGGGCGAAAAACAACUUUCCGAAUAUAAAGAAGGCACUUUUGAACGCAAUAUAUAAUAGUUUGACUGAGGCAGAGUUUGAAGAGAGUUGGACUGCAGCCAUUGGGAAAUUUAAACUGCAAGAAGAUACAUGGUUGUCAGGUUUAUAUGAAGAGAGGGAGAUGUGGGUUCCAGCAUAUAUGAAACAUUUGUUUUGGGCUGGGAUGAAGACCACCCAACGGGUAGAAAGUAUUAAUAGCUUUUUCGAUGGGUACCUUGACAAGCAUACCCGGUUGUAUCAGUUUGGCCCGGCUUAUAUGAAAGCGAUGGAGUCAAGAGCAAAUGAUGAGCAGCAGGCUGAUGCCAACUCACACAUGUAUUUGCGCACAUUGGCCACUGGUUUUGCUGUUGAGAAAACUUUCCAAUUAUUAUACACGGAUGCAAAAUUUAAGGAAGUCCAAAAGCAAUGUACUAAAUGCUUAUAUGUUAAUGGGGUAUCUAGGAGGGCUAUUUCUGAGGAUGUGGUGGAGCACACACUGGAGGAUCGUAUUUGGAUGCACUGUGAUGAAACAAAAAAAGAAAAGUUAACAUCUAAAACCAGAUGUUACCAAGUGAUGGUUGAUAUGAAAACCCUCUACGCGUCGUGUGUAUGCAAAAUGUUUGAAUGUGAAGGAAUUGUCUGUAGGCAUGUAAUUAAGGCAUUAGACAUGGAGCACAUUAGAAUAAUCUCGGAUAUGUUUGUAUUGCGGAGAUGGAAGAAAAAUGUGCAAAGGAAGCAUACGAUGGUGAAAGUUGCGUACCAUGAUCCAUCCAAAACGGGGGAAGUCAAGAGUUUCGAUGAAAUGAUGGAUUCUUUUAAGGACUUGUGUCUAGAUGCAGCUGGGCUUCGGGAGUGUGUUGACAUCGUACUUGAGGGCUUAGCAGUGAUGAAGAUCCAGUGUAAGGAGACAAAAGAAAUGUAUAUGAAGUCGCGACUCGAAACACCGAUCUUCAAAAGUCCGAGCACUCAAUGUACUCUAAAUUUAUCUAAAUCAGAUUCUGGUGUAUGUUCGACUACAGCAGCCCCUAAGGUGAAAGACCCAGUUGCGCCUAAAAAGGCGGCAAAUAGGCCUCGUGAGACUCGUUUCCUAUCAUGCGUGGAGAAGCCGAAAAAGAAGGUCGCGAAAAAGAAGGAAGUUGUCACUAACAAGGUUGCAGAUGGCCGUGCAAAACCCACGAAGAAGGUUGCAAAGGGUGCGAAUAAGCAAGCUGGACCGAAGGAGAAAAAUGCUGGGCCCUCUAAAUUUGGACAAGAUAAGGAUGCCGAUGGCAUGGAAGUUGUUGGAGGCCACAAGUCUAUUGGAGGAAUAACAUGUAAUGAAGGAUCUAUUGGCUAUUUCACACGCAUGCUACAAGGAGCUAACUCUGAGCAGCCCAACAUCGUUUCAGGCGACCAAUGUCACGAUAUGCUCCGCCUCUGGUUAGGUUGA